GCUAGACCAGACGCAACAGCAUGAACAGGCAAAUCGUUAAAAUUUCACCACAAAAUUCCUAUCACCAGACAAAACCUUGACAACAACGAAAACCCCCAUUAAAUCAAGGGAUGUCUUCCUCACUUCUCUCCACUUUCUAAGCAGAAACCAAAGAAUUUAAACCAAGAACCUUAACAGAGAUGGCAUAUGCAUCACAAGCAAUGAUAUCAGCUAACAGUUAUGUAUUCACUUCUCCAAAGUUGUUGAAGAAAGGUUACAAACUUAACAUGACAAGGCAAUCCAGCUUCUUCACUGUUAGAGCUUCCUCUGAUGAAUCUGAAGACUGUAAUGAAGAAGAAUGUGCCCCUGAUAAGGAGGUUGGGAAGGUGAGUAUGGAUUGGUUAGCAGGGGAUAAGACCAAAGUGGUUGGGACAUUUCCACCUCGCAAACGGGGCUGGACCGGCUAUGUUGAGAAGGACACUGCAGGGCAGACCAACAUUUAUUCAGUUGAGCCUGCAGUUUACGUCGCAGAAAGUGCAAUAAGCUCAGGAAGUGCAGGUUCUUCGGCUGAUGGAGCUGAGAAUACAGUAGCAAUCGCCACAGGACUUGCCCUUAUCUUUGUUGCUGGAGCUUCGUCUAUAAUCCUCCAAGUUGGCAAGAAUUCACCACCAGUGAAGACAGCUGACUAUACCGGGCCAACACUUAGUUACUACAUAAACAAGUUUAAACCACCAGAAAUUAUCGAAGCUGCAGCACCGAUUGAGUUAACAGAAAGCUCUGCUCCCGAAGUUUCACAGAUUCAGGUUCAAUCUGAACUUCCACCAGAGUCUUCAAGUCUGACCACUACUUCAUAGACAAAUUUUGGACCAAUCUCUUGUUAUGCUUAAAUUUAUUUGUCUUCAUAUAUAGCUCCUGUAUACUACUACUGUGAUCAUUGAAAUAUAGUUACAAUAUGGGAAUAUGAUAUUAUUUUUUAUACAUUAGCCAUCCGUGAUGGUUCUUCA